AACAUUGACAAGCCAAGUUUUUCAUUACAUCUCCACUCAAAAGCCAUCAGCAUUACUUCUUAACUAAAAUUGUGAUGUUACUUGAGUUCUUCGUUAAACUGUAUGAUAUCACUCAAAUUAGAUGAUAGUGGACACAUUCAAUUACGGAAUAUUUAUGAAAUGGAGUGGGCUACGCAUCUCGGCUUAUUGCGUUUACUAGGAAAUUGCGCGAUCCGUGUUCUUGGUACAAUUUCAUUAGAUUUGGCGUCUGAGGUGACGUGUGUGAUAUAGGAUUUUAUUUGAACCAGCAAAGAUUAUAGUUACGUUUUGCUGAGCUGCAAAAGAGUAGUUUUGCUAGUUAAACUUGUAAUCAAUGCUCUAAUAACCAUAUAUAUGUGAUUUUAAAUGAUUUGAUCAUUAGGUAUGUAUGAUUUGUUCGGAUGCUGCGGCCAUACUGCGGCGCAUGCGAGGACACUCCAUCCGCAUACCGUAUAGUCCCAUUCUGAAAUAUGUUGAAGGCGUGAAUGUAGAAAAUUUAGUCGCUGCUCAGACUUGGUUAACAGCAGAAUGGAUGACGCGACAUCCGCGCAAAAUGUGACACUGUCGCACUGGGAAAUCCUGAUGGAUUUCCCCAUUUUGUCGCAGGGGUUCACUUUCUCUCAAAGAAUAUUCCAGUCGUCGCUCAUCAUUAUCGGAUUGUUGUUGAACGGCGUCGUUCUUCUGGUCGUCAGCCUGUCCCGGCAACUUCGAUACCCUCGCCACAGCUUCUGGGCUGCCAUUUCUUUCUUCGAAUGCAUCUUUCUGAUUCAGUGUGCACUCGAGAUGAUCGUCGUCAUCAAUCAGGAUCGCUUGGCCUGCCAACCUUUCGUCGUACUGGCUUCCGUCGACUAUUCCGUCCUGUUGAUCUACCACUCGAUGGCCACCCUGGAUCGCUACUUGGCCAUCGCCCGCUACGAGUGGUACAAGGAAAGCGUCACCAAUUGCGGAGUUCUUGUGUUGAUCGCGUUAGCUUCUUUCCUGACAUUCGUAAUUACUACCAUUCCGUUUUGGACGGGAUACUUGUCCGUUUACACUUGCACCCUCCAUUUGGCUCAUUUGCAUUGGGUCUUGGCUUGGGAUUUGUUCCUGGGCAUCGUUUGCGUCAUCCUUCACUUGAAAAUCUUCGUCAAAUCAAAGAGCCUCAUUCAACACUAUAUGCCAAACUAUCGCCAGGAAUCCGUCACAGUCAAAUUUGUCAAUCACUCGUCUAACCGACAGUCCAGCGCCAAUUAUGGACGAGGAGAAGAAACGUCAGCACCAGCAGGAGCUGAGAGAGUCGUCAUCACAUUUCCUGAGAAUCCUCCCGUUACUUUUAAUGAAAACGCGAUUCGGCCAUGUUUCGGAGAUGCUCAAAUGACUUCGUACAUCGACCAGCUCGACGCCGAGUGUUUUCCUUGGAUGCCAAUGCGCUCGAAAGUCAAUCGACUUGAAGUCCGAGCCGCUCUCAACAUGUCCGUCAACAUUUUGCCGUUUUGGCUGUGCACUUUUCCCGUGUCAUGUAACGUCAUGACCCUCUACUGGUGUGUCCGGCUCGAAUCCGACUGCGCGUACACGGCUAUCAAUAUCCACGGUCAUUUGUGGAACUUGUUCAUGCUCCACAGCAUCUAUAAUCCGAUCAUGUACAUGUCAACCAGCUCCGAAUUCCGUCGAGCGGUCAUUCACAUUCUAAGGAAACUAAUGAAGGUAUUGCAUAUUGGGAUUCAAACAAACGCGAAUUAAACCUGUAGGCUUACUUUUAGUAGUCCAUUUUUUUUUUUUAAUUUCCCCUGAGUCAUUGCUCAUGGCUAUAUUGAUUUGUGCAUUUUACAAAUUCCCAUCUGUAAAAAAAAAAAAGAUCAGCAACAGACAAUGUUCAGUCUUUUCGUUUACCGGUUUCAUCAUUCUCCUGUGUAUAUUAUAUUCGUUUGCGUUCCAGGAAUACAAAUAAUUCCGUUUCUUUCGCUGUA